CCCGCUAGUGGCGACAACAUCCGCGUCGUUGUAAGAGUCUCCGAUGAAAACGACAACGCACCCACAUUUCCAACACCAGUUAUGAAUGUAGAGUUUUCUGAAAAUACUCCCAGGGACGUUAAAAGAAAACUAAAUCCAGCUAGGGAUCAGGAUUUAGGUGUUUUUAAUACUCAAAGGUAUAAUAUAGUGUCGGGUAAUACGGAAAACGCGUACAGAUUGUCUUCCCAUAGGGAAUUAGACGGUGUUCUUUAUUUAGAUCUACAGAUCAAUGGAUUUCUUGAUAGGGAAACGACGGACCAUUACGAAUUAGUUAUAGAAGCGUUAGAUGGCGGUACACCACCACUUAGAGGUACCAUGACUGUAAAUAUUACAAUUUUAGAUGUAAAUGAUAAUCCUCCAGUAUUUGCUGAGAGUGUAUACUCAGCGACAAUACCAGAAAAUGCCACGAUAGGUACGACUGUAUUAAAAGUCUUCGCAACCGACUCUGAUGCAGCAGAGAAUGGAUUAAUCGAAUACUCGAUAAAUAGAAGACAAAGUGACAAAGAGAAUAUGUUCAAGAUAGAUCCAGAUACUGGAGAGAUUACUGUAAAUAAAGCUUUGGAUUUUGAAACCAAAGAACUGCACGAACUCGUUGUCGUUGCUAGAGAUAAAGGUGCACAACCAUUAGAAACAACUGCCUUUGUAUCUAUUCGUGUUACGGAUGUGAAUGAUAAUCAACCAACCAUAGACGUUAUAUUCCUAAGUGAUGAUGCUACUCCAAAAAUAUCAGAAUCUGCGCAGCUAGAUGAAUUCGUAGCGAGAAUAUCUGUGCAUGAUCCGGAUUCAAAAGCGGAAUACGCAAAUGUAAAUGUAACACUAAGUGGUGGUGAUGGACACUUCGAUUUAAGAACGCACGAUAACAUCAUCUACUUAGUUGUAGUCGCAUUACCUUUGGAUCGAGAAUCUAGAUCUGCUUAUACUUUAAAUGUAGUCGCAACGGAUAAAGGAUCGCCUCCUUUACACGCGUCUCGUAUUAUCAGUCUUCGGGUGACUGACGUGAAUGACAAUCCUCCAGUAUUUUUGGAAAGUGUGUAUAAAACAAGUGUACCCGAAGCUGCCGCACCCGGUACGCCAGUGAUCCAA